UGGUACAGUUGUAGUCGCCUUCGCCCAACCUUUUCAAAAUUGCGCCAUUUGGCUCCUUCUCAUGGUUGAUACUUUCCCAUACCCUUCCUUUCCGCGCCCCACUCCUUCCUCUCCAUUUCUCUCUCCCUCUCAGGAGUUAUCCAAUCUCCAGGAAGGAAAAAAGAAUCGAUGGAUGAUCACUAUCCAUACGCUACGAAAACGUUUAUCGGUUUCUGCAGGUUCACAGCCUCAAGUCUUGGUGAAUUAUUUGAAUGAAUUUCUUGUCUUGCUUUGAUUUUGAUCACAAUUUUCUUCUUUUUCCCCCUUGCAUUUAUGGGUUUCUAAGCUUCUAAUUUCGCUGAAUAAAGAAUAUUCCCCCUCUUGGUUUACGCAAACCCCAACCAUGAGGAAAUUCAAUUUUUAUUUCCGGUUUUGGGUUGUGGGUUAUUCGUGCGGUUAAUUGAAGUGGGUUUGGAGAAUCUUGAGCAGUGGUGAUUUUGCGAGUAAUGGAUGAUGAUAAUUUGAUUGAUGUGAAUUCCAUGGAUCUUGAUUUGAACCAAGAACCCAUGGAUCGACCUCAGCGCUCGGUUGCACGAGCUGGGUCGUUGCUGGAUGAGUUGGAAACACCUCAUGGGGGAAUAGAGGAGAGGAUUAGACAGCUAGAGGGUGUCUCUGCUCGUGCAAGGCAGCGCCAGAGAUGGCGCCAAGAACGGAGUUCUGUGGAAAUUGGUCAUUUUUCCAGUGAAAUGAUGGCUAAUGUGGAUGGUGAAAGAGGUAUCGGACUUAAUAACAUAGGCAUAGUAGAAAGGAUUGUCGAGAAGGGAAAGGGCUGUAAAAGGGGUAGUUCGUAUCUGGUAGCAAAGGCAUUGGAGAUAGAUUCUGAGGUGCAGGAAGCUGAUAACGAUGGUGGGAGCUUUUAUGAUUGUAAUAUAUGCUUGGAGCUGGCAACGGACCCUGUCUUGACUUGUUGCGGGCACUUGUUUUGUUGGGCAUGCUUUUAUCAGGUACCAGAUGUUGAUUCGACUUCUAAAGAAUGUCCAGUUUGUAAGGGAGAGGUGUCUAAUGGUACAAUAAUUCCUAUUUAUGGCAAUGGGGGCGGUGCGCCUGUGUGUGAGACAGAAUCUGGCUUGAAGAUACCUCCAAGGCCCAAAGCUCGUAGAGUUGAGAGUGUUAGGCAGCAGAGAGUGACCCAUGGUCUAUCUCAUGUUCCUGUUGCCGAAGCACUAAGGCGAAUCAGGAUAAGUAUUGGUGCUAUGGGACAUCAAACACAACAACAAGAGGUUCGCAAUAAUAUUCCAACUUUUGAUACAGAGCCUCAUGAGGGGCAAAAUGCAGAGGCAGCCGGUAGCCGCAACAUAAGGAUCCAUCAGGUUUCGAGAGCGUUAUCAGAAAGUGUUGCUUCUCUUUCUUCCCUUUCAUCUGCUUUGGUUAAUACAGAAAGGCUAAUUGAAGACCUGGAAACAGCUAUUAACUACCAGUUUUCACGAAAUGAUGCACGGGUUUCAUUAGUUAAUGUUGGGGAUGCUUUUACAGGGCAUUUCGCUGUCUUACAAUCUGACAAUCAGCCUCCAGAUCCAGAUUCUGGUGAAGAUCUCAAUGCGGCCUUACCCAUUACCGGAUCUCCCCAAUCAACUGAUAUUCCUGGUUCUUCUGUUCAUAUCCUGAGGAUGAGAACUUCUACUGAGAUCAGUAUGCCCAUGGUCCCUUCUUAUUCUCUUCGAAGAAGAAGUAUUAUGUCAAGGAAUCCGGAUACAGACAGCAGGGAUACCCGUGAAUCUAGAAGGAGAAGAUUGAACUGACUGCAUCCAAAAAGAUGAUCCCAAUGCAUAAUGUGUCCAGUCAUUGCCACCUUCUCACCAAAUGAUAUCAACAAAGAAGUUCUCUGUCCCGGCUGGUUCAAACAUAGAGCACCGUCAUUCUUUAACAAGACUUGGAAUGGGCUUCACUGUGAAACCUUGUGAAUACCAGAUUUUGUGCUAGGCCCUUCCAUUUGGUAGGGGAUGCCUGCUGAAGUGAGAAUUAUAUUAUGUGGAUUAAAAUUCUUGUUUUUGCCCAAUUCUUAAC